ACUUCCGGCAGUGGUGUAGACUGCGCGGCGGCGGGAGGUGAGGAGCUGCCGGUGAGGAGCGGCGCCGCUGUGGAAUCCCGCCAUUUUUGAACUCUCGAGUUGAAGCGGAGCGACGGGUUCGCCCCUUUGGACCAUUCCCGUUACUGCGGUGCGAACGGCGAGAUUGGCUAGGCCUCGAUCGCCCGGCCCAUCUCCUACGGAGCCGGCCAACCGGCCGGCGCCCACAUAGGACCAUGGCGCCGCUGCUGGGCAGGAAGCCAUUCCCGCUGGCGAAGCCGCUUACCGACAUAACGUCAGAGGAGACAAUCUACGUGAUCGAGCACAGCGGCGAGGGGUUCAGGAGCAACGAAGAAUAUGAAACUCGACUGUCUAGAUAUGCAGAGCGAAUCUGGACGUGUAAAAGUACGGGCAGCAUUCAGCUCACUCACAAGGAGGCCUGGGAGGAGGAGCAGGAAGUAACUGAACUGCUAAAGGAGGAGUAUCCAGUAUGGUUUGAAAAGCCUGUAUUGGAAAUGGUUCAUCAUAGUACCUUGUCCUUGGACAAACUAGUUGACAAAACCUGGAUGGAAAUCAUGACUAAGUUUGCUUUGGGAGAGCGUUGUGAAUUCCAGGUUGGGGAAAACAAAAUCCUUCCAGUGGUGGUGGUAAAAGUACAUCCUCUGGAAGUGAAGCAAGAGUUAUCUUCUGAGAAGAAAACUGAAGGGUCGUGCAAUUCACCUUCAAGUGACAAGGAGAACUCCAGUCAUGUGGCACAAGAUAAUAACCUUGGUCCAGAAGUCUGCAUCAAAGUGGAGAGCAAGAGAGAAGGCAACACCAGUGACAGAGCUCGUCGAUCACCACGGAAGUUACCUACAAGCCUCAAGAAAGAAGAGAAGAAAUGGGUUCACCCAAAAUUCCUACCCUACAAAUAUGAUGUAAAACUGUUGGAAGAGGAUAAAAUUAUAAGUAAUGUUCCAACCGAAAGUCUCAUCCGCUCGGAGCGGCCGCCAAACAAAGAAAUCCUGCGCUAUUUCAUCAGGCAUAACUCGAUGCGAAUGGGGAUGGGUGAAAAUGCACCCUGGGUGGUGGAAGACAAACUUGUGGAGAAAUAUUCUCUACCCAGUAAAUUCAGUGACUUCCUGCUGUCUCCAUACAAGUACAUGAUUCAUAACCCCGUUGUGAAUUUGGGGAAACGAAAAAAUUCUGGUUCAACAGAGGGAAAGCCAUCAAAAAAACCAAAAGGAAAUGGAGAUCCAAACAAAGAGACAAGCAAAAAACGGAAAGGUGGAAAUAAAGAUAAGAUUCCUCUUAAUCCACCUUUGAGUCCAACAUUAUGGGGACAUGUACAUGUAAAAAAGACCAUGAAUGGUACGGAAAUGGAGUAUAGUCCUAAAAGAUCUCCAGAACAAGAACUGGAAGAAGUAAUGAAGAUUGUAACUCCGACCAAGCUGAAUACCAAUUUCCACAUUCCCAAAAAGGGUUCAAAAGCUGUCCGGAAUUUUAAAAAGUUGCAAACUAAGGAUAAAAUGAACAAAAAGGAAAAAUCAAAGAAUAAGAAUAAGUUGCUUAAUGGGCAGAAAUCUCCAGGGAACAGCAAAUCUCCAAAAAAAGGUCUGAAAACUCCAAAGACAAAAAUGAAGCAGAUGACACUGUUUGAAAUGACAAAAUCAAGUACUAACAAGUCAGGAAAGACACAAAAAGGUGUCGGAGGGGCAUCAAGAUCUGUGACAAAGCCUCAGAAAUAUUUGCCACCCUUAGCAUUACAAUUCCUUAGAUAUUUCAAAGAUAACAAAGGAAAAGAAGAGAAAAAGGGUGCCGUUUCUGCAUUUGUUACGCGGGUAGCCAAAGUGCUUUCUGCUGAAGAUCGUGCUCGCCUACCAGAUGAAGUAAGAGAUCUUGUGCAGAAACGUUAUGAGAUAUUGGAACAUAAGAGGAAAUGGGCAUUAAUGAGCCUGGAAGAGCGAGCAGAUUAUCACAAGAAAAAACGUGAAGAGCUGAGGAUAAGGCUGAAAGAAAAGGCUAAAGAGCGGAGAGAGAAGGAAAUGCAAUUAAAAUUAGAGAAACAGAAGAGAUUUGAAGAUCAGACUCUUGCCGGAAAGAGUUUACCUCCAUUAAAGCUAGUUGAUACACCAGAAGGUCUCCCCAAUACACUUUUUGGUGAUGUUGCUAUGGUAGUUGAGUUUCUCAGCUGUUAUGCUGGUCUGUUGAUGCCAGAUGACCAAUAUCCAAUCACAGCAGUUUCCUUGAUGGAAGCACUCACCUCUGAAAAGGGAGGUUUUCUCUAUUUGAACAGAGUACUGUUAAUCCUCCUUCAAACUUUGCUACAGGAUGAAAUUGCGGAAGACUAUCGAGAACUAGGAAUGAAGCUAUCAGAAAUCCCCCUCACUUUGCACUCUGCUUCAGAGUUGGUUCGGCUCUGCAUGCGCAAAUCUGAUGCGCAGAAUGAAAGUGAGGUGUCAGAAACUAAUGACGAUUGUAAAGACACUGUAGAGUUUGAAGACAAUGAAGUUGCAGAUGAAUUCCUAGAUAAGCUUGAAACAGCCGAGUUCUUCGAAUUGACCCCGGAAGAGAAAGUGAAGAUUCUAACAGCACUUUGCCAUCGGAUAUUGAUGACCUAUUCAGUUCAGGAUCACAUGGAGGACUUGCAGCAUAAAUCUGCAGAACUUUGGAAAGAGAGGCUAGCCAUGCAAAAAGAGGAAAAUGACCGGAAAAAGGCUGAAAAGCUGAAGAAGAAGCAAAUAGAGACAAAAAAGAGAGAGCCAGAAAAUAACAAAAUGUGUGACAAGAAAAAAGAGAAGAAGGAAUUUGAUAAGAAACUGGAGGCUGAUAAAGGUGGAAAUGAUCUAUUGGUGGAUGUCAAUGGCAGUGAAGACCUCAUUAGUGCCAUUAAAAGCAGACGGCAAAUGGCAAUGCAAGCAAAAAAGGAGAAAGAGGAACGGGAAAAGCAGGAGAAAGAGAGGAUGGAAAAAGAAGUGGAAGAAGAAAAGAUUCGCAAGCAAAAAGCAGCAGCUGAGAAGGCUUUCCAGGAGGGAAUUACGAAGUCCAAACUUGUCCUUCAUAGAUCACCAUUGGGCACAGACCGCAACCACAAUAGGUACUGGCUAUUUUCUGACCUGGUACCUGGACUGUAUGUCGAGAAGGGAUGGGUCCAUGAUGGUAUUGAUUAUACCUUUACCCUUCCAGAAGAAUAUACACAGCACGAAGAAGAUCCUGACUCUAAAAGCAAUGAUGGCGACAGCAUUGCUGAGAGCAACUUUAACGACAGUGGCCACCAGGGGUCCUCCUAUACAGCAGAAAUUUGCAUUGAAACCACUGUGCCUAAACAAGGACAGAAUCUAUGGUUUGUGUGUGAUACCCAGAAGGAACUUGAUGAGCUUCUGAAUUGCUUCCAUCAGCAAGGAGUCAGAGAAAGUGGGCUGAAAGAGCGGCUUCAGAAAAAAUAUCAUGAUAUUCUUCAUUCACUCCACUAUGCCCGGAAACCAAACCUUGGUUUAAAGUCCUGUGACGGCCAUCAGGAACUCCUCAACUAUCUCCGAACAGACCUCAUUGAGGUGGCAACCCGACUGCAGAAAGGAGGGUUGGGUUACAUGGACAAAUGUGAUGAAUUUGAGGAGAGGGUGCGAUCGAUGGAUGAUCUGAAGGAUUUGGGAGAGUGCGUAAUCACACUUCAGGAGUGUAUAAUAAAGAAAUUUCUCCAAGGAUUCAUGGCUCCCAAGCAGAAAAAGAAAGCAGGCGAGGAAGUAAAAGUGGAGGAACUGGAUGAGGAAAAGAAAAUGGCUGAAGAAGCUAAGGUUGCUUCUGCAUUGGAGCUAUGGAAAGGUGCUAUCCGAGAGGCUCAGACCUUCUCUCGCAUGCACGUGUUGCUGGGAAUGCUGGAUGCCUGUAUAAAAUGGGACAUGUCAACUGAAAAUGCUCGGUGUAAAGUGUGCCGCAAGAAGGGUGAAGAUGACAAGCUGAUUCUUUGUGAUGAAUGUAACAAGGCUUUCCACUUGUUCUGUCUGAGGCCAGCCCUUUAUGUAAUACCAGAUGGAGAAUGGCUCUGUCCGGCUUGUCAGCCAGCCACAGCCAGGCGUGGCACACGAGAUAGAAAUUAUGCUGAGGAGGAAGAUGAAGCCAAUGAUGAGGAGGAGGAAGAAGAAGAGGAAGAGGAGGAGGAGGAAGAAGAGGAGGAAGAGGAAGAUGACUAUGAGGAGCGAGAAGGGCCUAGACUCAGAUCGAGACUCAGGAGAGCUGCUAAAGGAAAAUCAGGGCCUCAGACUCGUCAUCAGAGACAGGCCAAACAGCUGGGGAAGAAACGGUCCUCACACGUUCACGGCAGAAACACUCGACACAAGACGUCACCUGUCAAUGGAGUGGACAUUGAUGAGCUGGUGCAACAAAGAACAAAGUACAGAUCACGAAGACUAAACCUGGAGCUGGCAAAGUGUGAAGAAAUCCUGAACAAGUUAGUCAGGUCCAGAUACAGCUGGCCCUUCAGAGAGCCUGUGACAACUGAAGAAGCAGAAGAUUAUUUUGAAGUUAUCUCCAAACCUAUGGAUUUGCAGACUAUGCAGAGCAAGUUUUCAUGCAGCAACUACAGAUCUGUGGAAGAAUUUCUUGAGGAUAUAAAGUUGGUGUUUAACAAUGCAGAAUUGUAUAAUCAGGAAGGAAGCCAGGUUCUCACCUGUGUUGAGAAAACAGAACGAUGCUUCAUUGAGAUAUUGCGGAAACACCUUCCCAACUACAACUACAGAAGAGGCAAACCACGAAAAGGCAUCCAAAAAAGGACAAGGUUGGUGCAAGUAGAGUUGGAGGAUGAGGAUGAGGAGGAAGAGAUGGAGGAGGACGAGUACGUUGACAGUGAUGCAGAAUCAAGUGAACAUUCCAUCCCACCACGCAAACGUCGGAAGUGAAUUACAAAUAGCCAAGAUUUCUAAAUAAUGAUGGAUGUAGUAAUUAUUUUGGAAACUGCAAACAUGUUUGUACUUUAAAUGUUUACGUUGACUGAUUUAAAAUACUGGAUCAAAUACAUAACUUCAACCUGACUUGGACACUUUCAUAGGAAUAUAAAAAGGUUGAAACCAAAAGCUCUUAUAGAAUUUUGUAAUCUCUUGUGCAGUUGGGAGGAUUUGUGAGGCUGAGGGCUAGGAAGUUCCUUGUUUUAUUAAAAAUGGUUGUGAAAUUAAGUUCAUUGAUUGUAGCUCUGUAGUUCUCAUUACAUGAACACCAAACAGAACUUUUGCAUUAAUAUUUUUGUCCUUGUAUCAGCUUUCAGCAUAAACUCUUCAUAAUUAUUCAUCUUUGAAACAGAGAUGUCAGUACUGGGAAUUAGACCUCAAAGUGGUCAGUCAUUGGUUCAUACUAAAAAUAGUACAUUGCUGGAGAAAAUUUAUACAGGAGUGGCAGCUCCAGCAGAUUGAAGGCCAAGACUCUAUAACAGGCUGUGCCAGGUGCCACACAAUUCAUCACCAGCAUCUGUUUUAUCCAGCUACAUUUUAAGUUUGAUCAUAUAUUGGAAUAGAGUACAUUGUAAAAGUAUUCAGCCCCUAACCCUUUGUUCACAUAAGUGAGUAUUACAGUCAGUGAAUUGUGUGCUCCUCUUUCACAGUCAAACCCAAAAAUACAGGGACAGUUGUAAAGCAUGAAAAACUAAAAAUUCAAAUACUGAAAUGUCAGCAGUUCAAAAGUAUUCAUCCGCCUUUGCUCAGUACUUAGUUGAACCAUCUCUCGCAGCUAUUAUAGCCAGUAGUCUUUUUGGAUAAGUCUCUUAGCUUUACAGAAUGUGAUGGAGCAAGAUUUGACCAUUCCUCCUUGCAAAAUUGCUCAAGGUGUGCCAAGUUAGUUUGGGAGCAACGGGGGGCAGCAACCUUGAGGGUUUGUCAGAGAUAUUCAAUUGAGUUAAAGUCAGGACUCUGACUUGGUCACUCAAGAACAUCAAUCAGCUUCACUUGAAGGCCCCCCGUGAUUGCUCUGGCUGUGUCCUUUGGGUCGUCCUGCUGAAAGACGAACUUUCUCCUCAGUUUAAGCUUUCUGGUAGAGGCUAGCAGGAUUUUAUUCUAGGAUCUCUGUAUUCAACAGCAUUCAUCUUCCCAUGAAUCCUGACCAGAUUUCCAGUCCCUGCUACUGAAAAGCAUCCCUAUAGCAUGAUGCUACCACCACCAUACUUUACAGUAGGGAUGGUGUUACCUGAGUGAGGUGCAGUAUUAGAUUUACCCCACGUGUACCAUUUUGUGUUGAAGCUAAAAAUUUCCAUUUUAGUUCUAUCCGACCACAAGACCUUCUUCCACAUCUUUACAAUAUCCUCUAAGUGACGAUUUGCAAAGUCUUUACAAAGAUCUGCUUUUUUAUAUAUUUUAGCCAUAACUACUUGCUUCCAUCUCAAAUACCCUUUUUGUCCAAAGCCUUAGAGAUUGUGGAAACAUGAACUUCAUCUCCAGAUGCAACCACUAAUUUUUGCAGCUCACUGAGUGAUUGUUGGCAUCACGGUUGCCUCUCUUACAAGUGCCAUUCUUCAGUGAUUCAGCUUAGAGGGACAGCCUGACCUAGGCAGUGUGGUGGUUGUUUCAUAUAUUUUCCCUUUUUCAAGAUAGAGCUCCAAGGUAUGUUUAGCAUCUUUGAGAUGGUCUUGCACCCUUUCCCAGAUUUGUGCUUCUCUGUUAUCUUUUCCCUGAAUUGUCUUGAAUGCUCUUUGGCCUUUCUGGUUUGGUUUGUUGAAAAUUUACCAUAUUGUUGAACCUUGGAGAGAGAGGGGAUUUUCUUUUGAAAACAGAUGAUCUUCCAAUUUUCUGCAUAAAUAAAUUGGGUAAGUUGGUUAGGUAAUACCUGUAUAUUUCACCUGAGGAAAGCUGGAAUAGUAAUUACAAAGGGGAUGAAUACUUUUCAGCCGUACAAUUUUGUUUUUAAUUUUUAGUAAAUCGGUGACAGGUUUUGCAAUUUUUUCUUUUGAUUUGACAUGAUGCACAGUGUUUUGUAGAUUAGCUCAAAAAAUGUAUUUUGAAUGUAGAAAAUGAGACAGUAAAAUGGGAAAUAGUUGUGGGGGCUGAGUACUUUUUCAAGGUACUGUAAGUGUAAAAUAACCCUGUGUUGAUCACAGAACAGUAUUUUAAAUGCAAAGCUGCUUUCUAUUCUAACAAAAUCCUACUAUUUGAGUAGAAUCUGUGCCCCUAAAAAGACAUUGAAGACUUGAGCUUCUUCUGAACUUCCAACCACCUUUUAUGUCAUUGAAUGAC